CCGCGCCGCGGACAGGCGGGCGUGGUGGCGGCGGAGCGCCCGGGCCAGGGCCUUGGGGGAGCCUCGGGCCUCCGCGUCGCCCGCGCGCAGCCGCGGGUGUGCGGGAGCCGUGCGUGGGCAGCCUUCGCCGGGCCGAUUGCAAGUCCUCUCUGCCCGCUGCUCCAGCAAUGGCGCGGCGGCUCCGCUGGCACAGAAGCGUGGAAGUAGCUGCUCGCCCGCUGUGGAUCUGCCUUGGGCCCACGCGGUUGUGGUCGCGGGUGGGAAGGGUCUGUGCAGGCAGCCUUGUCGGUGGAGCAGAACCUGCGUCUCGGGGCGCAGUGUGCAUCCACUGGCGUGCCCGCACCGAAGCCCAGAGGGGACCCCUACUCUUUGAUGAGCUCCCUCCGGCCAGCAGUACUGACUCAGAUGUUUUAGGUGUUGGACUGUCUUUAAGUUUUGAAUCCAUGGCGUCAGGGCCAGGGGGACCUUUGCUUUUUGAUGGCCUCCCACCUGCUGGCAGUGGCGAUCCAGGUUCCCUUGCCACUUCCGUAUCCCAGUCGGGGAGGAGUGACGGGAAGGGAGCGAAGCGGAAGACCUCCGAGGAAGAGAACGGCAGCGAAGAGCCUGUGGAAAAGAAAGUUUGUAAAGCCUCGUCGGUGAUCUUCGGUCUGAAGGGCUAUGUGGCCGAGCGGAAGGGUGAGAGGGAGGAGAUGCAGGACGCCCACGUCAUCCUGAACGACAUCACCGAGGAGUGCAGGCCUCCGUCAUCCCUCAUCACUCGGGUUUCGUAUUUUGCUGUUUUUGAUGGACACGGAGGAAUUCGAGCCUCAAAGUUCGCUGCACAGAAUCUCCAUCAGAACUUAAUCAGGAAGUUCCCUAAAGGAGACGUGAUCAGUGUGGAGAAGACCGUGAAGAGGUGCCUCCUGGACACAUUUAAGCACACUGAUGAAGAGUUCCUGAAACAAGCUUCGAGCCAGAAGCCUGCCUGGAAGGACGGGUCCACUGCCACGUGUGUCCUCGCCGUGGACAACAUCCUUUACAUCGCUAACCUUGGAGACAGCCGGGCAAUCCUGUGUCGUUACAAUGAGGAGAGUCAGAAACACGCAGCCUUAAGCCUCAGCAAAGAGCAUAACCCCACCCAGUAUGAAGAACGGAUGAGAAUACAGAAGGCUGGAGGGAAUGUCAGGGAUGGGCGUGUCCUGGGCGUGCUAGAGGUGUCUCGUUCCAUUGGCGACGGGCAGUACAAGCGCUGUGGGGUCACGUCUGUGCCAGAUAUCAGGCGCUGCCAACUGACGCCCAAUGACAGGUUCAUCUUGCUGGCCUGUGACGGGCUCUUCAAGGUCUUCACUCCGGAAGAAGCCGUGAACUUCAUCUUGUCCUGCCUUGAGGACGAGAAGAUACAGAGCCGGGAAGGCAGGCCCGCCGUGGACGUCCGCUACGAAGCUGCCUGCAACAGGCUGGCCAGCAAGGCGGUGCAGCGCGGCUCCGCCGACAACGUCACCGUGAUGGUGGUGCGGAUAGGGCAGUGACCGCCGCGCGGCCGGGAGCGCGUGUUCCUCUCGUGUUGUGCACAUUGUGUUCUGUGUACUCCUGUGGGGCGCCCAUGGUUGUAAAUAAAGGCUGCUUUCUUUCUUUUUC